AUGUCCACAUCCACCAGUAAACCAUACGGCGGCGGCCGCACAGGCGACAUGGUCAAGCCCAACGCCAAGGGAGGCAAGGAGAAGGUCCCCUUGAGCACCCAUCUCAUCGCUGGUGGUGUAGCCGGUCUCGCCGAGGCCUUGGUGUGCCAUCCGCUCGACACCAUCAAGGUCCGGAUGCAGCUGUCAAAAUCCCGAAAGGCACGAGGCUUGAAACCGCUUGGAUUCUUUGCCACGGGAAGGCAGAUUGCGGCGAGAGAAACACCGCUGGGCUUAUACAAGGGGCUGGGAGCGGUCGUCAGUGGAAUAGUGCCAAAGAUGGCCAUCCGAUUCGCUUCAUUUGAGAAGUACCGAGGUCUGCUCAUGGACGCGGAAGGCAAGGUCUCCAGCAAAGGGACUUUCCUUGCUGGGCUAGGGGCAGGUGCUACAGAGGCGGUUGCGGUGGUGACGCCAAUGGAGGUGAUCAAGAUCAGAUUACAAGCGCAACAACAUUCCCUGGCGGACCCACUUGACGUCCCGCGGUAUCGCAACGCUGCACAAGCUGCAUUCACCAUUGUCCGCGAGGAAGGUCUGGCAACUCUGUAUAGAGGGGUCACACUGACCGCUCUUCGACAAGCCACAAAUCAAGGUGUCAACUUUACCGCCUACCAGCAAUUCAAAAAGCUCGCUUUGGAUGCGCAGCCCACCUUGACCGACCUCCCCUCCUACCAGACCAUGGUCCUCGGCUUGAUCUCCGGUGCGAUGGGCCCUUUCUCCAAUGCACCGAUCGACACCAUCAAGACAAGGAUCCAGAAAGCUGCAAAGGAACCUGGCGAGACAGCCCUGUCCCGGUUCGUCAAGGUGUCGAGCGACAUGUUCAAGAAUGAGGGCAUGGCGGCGUUUUACAAGGGGAUUACACCGCGGGUAUUGAGGGUCGCGCCUGGACAGGCCAUCGUGUUCACUGUGUAUGAGCGGGUCAAGUUGGCAAUUGAUCAGGCGAAAGAGUCCGUCCUGGGCGAGGACUACGAGGCGUAG